GCACCCACCAAGGCCAGGGCAGAGGCCAGGCGCCACGACUCUGAGUCUUCCACCAUCAGUGAGGAAGACUACUUUAACAGCCACAAGGAAGAACCAGAAGGUGGAAAGGUGACUGAUGCCGCCACUCAGACAGAGCCAGGAGAGGAGGUGCCAGUGGUGCGCGUGAGUGACUCGGGAACACAAACCAGCACCGCCAUAACUAGUGCUGGCACCCAAACCACAGUUGCCACCAGGGCAGCGAGCUCGCAAACCAUGGUUCGGUUCAUGUCGGCCACCACCCAGACUGAUGUGGACGAGAAUGUUGUCUUUUCUCAGGGAACCCAGUCUAAAGAAGGGUCGCCUGUAUCAAAGAUGUCUGUCUCGAGAUCUUCCAGUUUGAAAUCCUACUCCUCACUGUCUUCCCAAUGCUCUGUGGCAAGCUCCAUCGGCUCCCAGACUUCCAUCAGAACCACUGACCUCAUCCUUCCUGGACAUUCCAAGUACUGGGGCACCCCCCACUUUGACUCAUUUAGAAACUUGAAUAAAGAGCGGCAGUUGCACUUUUCUGCCAUCAGGUCCCGGCUCCACCGUAUGCUGGCCACGUUGUCAAGGAGAACACUUCUUACUGAGAACUAUAUUGGCUUUAAUUCUGGAAAUUUUACCAGAGCACCAGUUAAUUUACUGGCUAUUCGAGAUAUUACACUCUCUCCCUCCUAUCAGUGACUGCUCAGUGUUAGAGCCUCCUGGGUUCCUCCAGGCUUGCAAUAGACAUCAUCAGAGCAUCCUGCUCUGCAAAAUGUCUCCUGUUCCCAGUUGUUUUUCUUUUGCCUGACUUUUAGUCACCCUGAUUUUCUUUGAAUUCUAUAAACUGCACAUUAUUUUACAUGCUUUAAUUUUGUUUUUGUCAUAUAUAAACUGGCUAUUGUUUUUAUGGUUUAAACACUAUGGGUACAGUUUCUUUGCACAUUUUUAACAUUGAUAUCUCUUAAAGAGGUAAAUUCUGGUAAGAGAGAAAAUAUGUUUUGCAUUUUCCUAGAUUUGUGUGUUUUUCUGUUUAAGAGCUUUGAAUCACUAGUUUUUAUGGUCAAAAUCCUAUUUAGAGUAAAUGGUUUCUUAAUUGUC